AACGAGCGAGUGAAGGAGCGAAGAGAAGAAGCGAAGAAGAGGAGAGGAGUGGAGAGGAGAGGAGAGGAGAGGAGAGUAGAGGUAUGGAACAAUCAUUGCUGAGAUAGUGCUGCUGUUUGAAGGCGUCAAGAUCGAAAGUAGGUUGGAACAGUGGAAACAGCCAACGAGCACACUGAGGAGAGAUGGUCAAGGCGUAUCAGCGAUACUCCCUGCUUGACAACUCAACCCUUGGAGUGAUCGCAUCUGCCGGCUGUGCGGAUGCCCUGUGGGUGGAUGACUCGGGGAACCUUGUGCUGACGGCUAACUUGGACUCUCUGGUUAUCUGGAACCUUCGGACCUCUACUCCAAUCUCAACCUUCAAGGAGGACAACAACGAGACAAACUCUGAGAUCACUUGCCUGGCCAAGGACGAGCAGGCAAGACUGAUAUGCUCCGGCCAUCAGGAUGGGAAGGUGAAAGUCUGGGCGAGGGUCUCGUCCUCUCUCCAGAUGUCACUGGACGGGCAUCGCUCAGCCGUCCUGUGCCUCUCCUUCAACGCGGAAGGAACCUUGCUAGCUUCCGGCUCGCAAGACACAGACAUAAUCGUGUGGGAUGUUGUAGCAGAGAGCGGGUUGUACAAGUUGAGAGGUCACAAGGACGCAGUGACGAGCCUUCACUUCCUCGCCGGGGAGGGGUCAGGCAAGCUAGUCAGCUCGUCCAAGGACGCCCUGAUCAAGGUCUGGGAGCUCGAUCAGCAGUGCUGUGUGCAGACGCUGACGGGACACCGGAGUGAAGUCUGGUCUACGGCGGUGGACGUGCAUGGGAGGAGGAUGGUGUCGGGGGGAGCAGACGGUGAGCUACGAGUGUGGGAGCUUCAAGCUCAGAGCGCGAUGACGCGAUCGGGAGUCGAGAUGCAGCAGGAUGAGAACAUCUCUUUCGUGGGAAGUUUGAUCCGGACAAGUCGAUCGCGUGUCGGGAAGCUUUCCUUCUGCGGUGAUGGCAGGUUCCUCUUGUGCCAGACGGUGGACAAGAACGUUCAGAUCUUUCGGAUCCGCUCGCACGAGGAUGCAGUGAGGAAGAUGAAGCGCCGGCAGAAGCGGCAGAAGCAGAAGGCAGCGGAGGGAGGGGGAGACGAGGAGGAGGAGGGGAAGGAGGAGAGGGGUCAUCAAGACGGUGCGGGUUCUGACCAUCCUUCUGCUGUGGAUCUGUUCCAACCGAUCUCCUUCUUCUCAACCUCGAACAAGAUCCGCUCAGCUAUGGGGAUGGUGUCGACGCGCAAGGGCGAGGCCCAGGAGAGGAUUAAGAUCUUGACCUGCCUGACCAACAACGCGGUGGAAGUGUGGGAGCUGCCAGACUCCAAGAAGCUCUCGAGCUUGACCAUCCCAGGUCAUCGCUCAGACGUCCGCGCCGUCGCCAUCAGCGGGGAUGAACUCUCGGUAGCGAGCUGCGCCGGAGGGGAGGCCAAGGUAUGGAACCUGGGGAGCGGCAAGUGCUUCAGGACAGUCGGGGAGGUAGGAUACGGCAUCUGCUGCUGCUUCGCUCCGGGGGACAAGUACCUGCUGGUGGGAACGAAGGAGGGGGAGCUGCACAUCCUGGACAUCGCUGCCGCGGAGAUCGUUGAGAGCAUCGCGGCGCAUGCUGGGGCCCUCUGGGCGCUUCACCUCCAUCCUGACGGGAAGACCUUUGUGACAGCAGGAGCAGACAAGGAGCUCAAGUUCUGGACGUUCGGCAGCGUGAAGGAGGAGGACAAGCCAGCGCGACUGGGGGCGGCGGUAAACAAGGCCGUGACGAUGGAGGACGACAUCCUUGCUGUCUCCUACAGCCCCGACUCCAAGUUCCUAACGGCCUCCCUCCUAGACACGACGAUCAAAGUCUUCUACGCAGACAGCAUGAAGUUCUUCCUCUCCCUCUACGGCCACCGGCUCCCAGUCCUCUCUCUUGACAUCUCCUCGGACAGCACCCUCCUCGUCUCUGGCUCGGCGGACAAGAACGUCAAGAUCUGGGGCCUCGACUUCGGUGACUGUCACAAGUCGAUGCUCGCGCACAGAGACAACGUGAUGGCCGUCAAGUUCGUCCCUCGCACCCACUACUUCUUCAGCGCGGGAAAAGACAAGCAGAUCAAAUUCUGGGACGCGGACAAGUUCCAACUCAUCACGACCAUCAAGGCUCACUUCGCAGAGAUCUGGUGCCUGGCCAUGAGCCCGAGAGGCGACAUCCUCGCCUCGGGCUCGCACGAUCGGUCGGUCAGAAUAUGGAGGAGGACGGAGGAGCACAUCUACCUAGAGGAGGAGAGGCAGAAGGAGCUCGACGACCUCCUCGACGCCAACGAGCAGGAGGCUGCUCCUGCUGCUGGAGAGUCCGUCCUGGCGGGCGAGGACUCCGCUGCAGUCGCCAAGCAGACGAAGCAGGUACUGGAUGCUGCGGACAGGAUCACCGAGGCCCUCGACCUCUGUGCGCAGUUCCCUGAGAAGCCAACGGCCAUCCAGGCCGCUAUGCUGCUGGGCCUGUCGCCCAACGCGUACUUCCGGCAGGCAGUGAAGCAGAUCAGGAGCAGCGAGCUCGAGCCGGCGCUGAUGCAACUGUCGUUCGACUACGUGCUGGCGCUGCUGGAGAGGAUCGACAAGAUCAUGGCAGAGUCGCUGACAGCUGAAGCCGAGCUGCUCUCCCGCAUCGUGCUCUUCGUGGUCAAGAUCCACCAUGGCAGGCUGACGACUACUGGCAGCGCGCUACCUCUGCUCCGCUCGCUACGCUCAAGCACAAAGAGAUCGCUGCAGCAACGGUGUGACAGCACUGGGUUCAACCUUGCUGCUCUCCGAUCCAUCAAGAGGAGGUUGGAAGCAAACGCCAGCGAGCGGGACAUCAGCAUGUAGAAGAAGCUGUGCUUUUGUGAUAUGAAAGCAAAAGGAAACC